UGAGAAGAGCUCCUUCCGCUCAAAACUUGGCUCCACCGCACCUUCCUCGCCCUCUUACCAACCUUCUUGCUGUUCCAACGAGCUACCCCACCAUUCCUCGAAGCUUCCCACACCGCCCAAUAUGGCCGAACUCGCUGUCUUUGACAAAGACCCCAACAUCUACCUUUUCACGUCCCUGACGGCCGGUUCUUCCCACAUUAUCACAGCGACAUCACGCAUCGAAACGAUUUUGAAAGCUAAUAAGAUCCCCUUUAUCGGCCUCGACACGGCAACACAUGAAUUGGGUAGGAAGCUGUUCCAACGGCGCGCAGCCGGCAAGAAGCUCCCGCUGUUGGUCAAGGAGGGCUACGUACUCGGUGGCAUCGAGGAAAUCGAAGAAUGGAACGAGUACGACGAGUUGCACGACGCAUUAGGUGUUGACACGGCCUUCACCGCCAACCCCCCAAAGCCCACAUCCCUCUUCGAACCAGCACCGAGCAAGACACCGCCACCACUCGCUGGUGCCUUGCCGGGUGGUUUCUCAUUCGGUUCGUCGGGUGGUUCCGCAUUCGGAUCGUUGGGUGGUGGAAGCAAUACGAAGGAGAACACACCUGUCGCGACCUCUGAGCAGAAUCUCGCAAUAAGACAACUGGGUGCUGAAGCAGCAAAGAUUGCCGCGAGCAAAAAACCUACACCAGUCAAGAUCUCGACGACAAACCCGCUAUUGACGGAGAAGACGAAUGCGAAAAGCCCAGCCGACAUCCUGGGUCCGAAAUCAACGCCGCUGCCCAAGUCGCCGAACACCGCUACAACAGAGAAGAGCGAGGGAGACGCUAAGAAGAUGCCAGCGGUCGAGCUGCCAGACAUCCUCUCUCCGCGCUCGACACCAUUACCACCGACGCCGAACGCGGUGCCAAAGCUCGAGCAGCAGAAGCCCGUUCACGCACCGCCAUCGAUGCACGACGAUGCAGCGAACCCCGCGCUAUCGGCUGGUCCGAUAAAGACUACACAGAAGAAGGAAGAGAGCUCCGAGGAGGAAGAGGACAGCGAUGAGGAAGAGAGCAGCGAAGACUCCCCCGCGGCGAAGAAGGCAAAGAAUACACAAGACCAGGACCCUAAGGAUGCGUCGAAGGCUGGUGCAAGUGUGAAAGAGGGCGAGCAGAUAGAUGAGAGCAGUGAAGAUAGCGAAGAUUCGGUUAAGGCUGGUGCAGAGGAGAAGAAGGUGGAGGUUAAGGCUACAGAGGCUAAGGAUGCGACUUCUGCGCCGCAGCCAAAUCAGAGCAGUAGUGAGGGGACGAGUGAGGAGGAGGACGAGGAGAGCGAAGAGGAAGUGAAGAAAGAGAAGACAAAGAAGGAUGAGGCCAAGAAGACACAAACGCAAGAUGCUAAGGAUGCGUCGAAAGCUGGCGAGAGCAUCCUUGAUUAAUCCUCGAGCCAGGUUUGCUACGGAUAGAGCGACAUAUGUAUGCGAGAUGGUGUCAAGACAUUUUGAUCUUCAGCGAGCAUGUACCAGCGACAAGGGU